AUGUUCUCAAACUUAUGUCUUAGGUACAUUCAGGGUAAGAUUCAGGGGAACAUUAAGGGUAACAUUCAGGGUAAGAUUCAGGGUAAGAUUCAGGGGAACAUUCAGGGUAACAUUCAGGGUAAGAUUCAGGAUAAGAUUCAGGGUAAGAUUCAGGGUAAGAUUCAGGGUAAGAUUCAGGGGAACAUUCAAGGGAACAUUCAGGGCAACAUUCAGGGGAACAUUCAGGGGAACAUUCAGGGUAAAAAUCAAGAUAAAAUUCAGGGGAAGAUUCAGGGGAAGAUUCAGGGUAAGAUUCAGGGGAACAUUCCGGCUAAAAAACAAGAUAAGAUUCAGGGGAACAUUCAGGGUAAAAAUCAGGGGAUUAUUCAGGGUAACAAUCAAGGUCAGAUUCAGAUGAACAUUUAG